GCUUCUACAACCAGAACGGUGCACGUGCUUCGGCAUUCUGAUCAACUGCAUUCUGAAGGCGAUAAGAAGCCACAGCGCAACGGCGGUUCCACAAAAUUAACCACAUUUGCAAUAUUGCUCGAGUAACGCUUCUCCAUUGCAACGCUGGAUUAACUGCACGUUUUUCCAUUGGAUUUCUUCUGGGUCAACAGUCGCGAGUAGCGGGAACGAUGGCGGAUUAAGUGUAUAUUUCUGUCGUGGGCGCAUCUGAAUCAUCGGAUCACUGGUUGACGCGGCUGGGUAAAAUGCCAGGAGUUCCCCGCGGGAAUCUCCAGACAACGGCCGCCACGGGACGCUAUCCCUGCUGUAAUCUGGCCCGUGCGUUGGCGCUGGUGUAUGUCGUCACCGCGGUGUUGUUUGUCGCGCAAGUUACAGCGUUGUGCAGUUGGGAAGAGUGCCGGGAGCUGGAGGAGAACGGGCCGAUUGACGAGGCCGACCUGUGGCUGGACAACGCGGCCGUCGCGCUGGAGCUCUGCCAGGCGCUGGACAGCCACGCCAACUGUCUCAAGGGCUCCGCCAGAAAAUGCCGCGGAAAUCUCCACUAUUAUUCGUACGUGAAGGGCUUGUCGCGGGUGAUGGAGCGGAAGAACUGCUCGGCGCUGCUGGCCGCCGAUGCCGACUCGCCCCUGUCCCCCUCUAACCAGGAGCGGGCGGUCGGCCUGCGAGCGGAGACCACAACGCCGCCCAUCGCCAUCCCCGCCUUCCACGGCUGCCACACCAUGAAUUUGCUGGAUAACGUGGCCUACUGCGCGCUCUUCGGAGAUCCCCAUUUAGUCACCAACGAAGGCCGCUUUCAGACGUGCCGGAUUUACGGAGCGUACCCGCUCAUUGAAAACCGGCAUCUAGCAAUCCAAGUGAGCAGCCAGCCGGUGGGCCGGUCCUCCUCCCUCAGCCCGGUGACCUCCAUCUCGCGCAUCACCAUCAUCAUCAAGGCCUCCGAGUGCUCGGAGGAGCGCAAGACCUACGAGGCCAGCGUGGCCUCAUUGCCGUCCUUCUUCACGGACGCCACCUCCGACAGCGACUCCAGCAAGAUCCUGCCGCACGUGCCCGACCACCACGUGGAGCUGCGCGUCCUCCACCUCAAGACCAUCAUCUUCAUCCGCCGGGUGGGCGACUACUUGUCCGUGGCGGUGCGGCUGCCGGCGUCGCUGCUGACCGAGGAGUCGGCGGUGCCGUACCAGCUGUGCUCGGGGGGGUGUCCCUUCGGGGAGGAGCUGCAGCGGGGCCGGGCACUGGGUGGGCAGCCGCUAAGGGCUGUGCAGGAAGCUGAAGAGGUGUGCCGGAUGCAAAAUAUGAGCGGGCCGUUCCUGGAGGCCUGCCUAUUCGACAUGGCGGUGACGGGGGACGUGAACAGCGUCAUCAGCGCCAAGGAGGCGCAGGCCGACUGGGAGCGCCUGGCGCCGGUGGACAGCCGGACGCCCGGGGGCGGGGGCGGGGGUAGCAGCGCCGGCUGGGCCAGCGACGACGCCGCGGUCGCCGGCCGCGCGCUGGCCGCCCUCAAUGACGCCGGGACGCUGCACGCCACGGGCUGGCGGCUCCUUCUUGUCCUACUCUUCACCAAACUAUUCACCCGCGACAGGCGAUAGUGCGGGCUUUUCUGUACAAAACACUAAUGGAGAUUUUUAUUUUUUGUUCCUUGUUGACGUCGUUCUACUGGGUAUGGAAAUUGGCGGAAUAUUUCUGUUGAGAGAUCUGUUGGCGGUUUAUGCGUACAGAUAGUACAUUGGGGGCUAUUAGAAAACAGUAUUAAAAAUCAUUUUACUUU